CGCCGCGCCAGCUCCUCUGCGAGCCGCCGGCCCCAGGCGUCAGUCCCUCUAGGCCCUGGAGACCCCGCCGACCCCGGGGAGAGUCGACGCCGCCCCGGCUCAGCUGCCCGGCUUGGCCCCUGCCCGGCGCAGAGGGCGCGGAGAAUAUUCCUGGUGAUAUUGGAAGAACCCAUAUCAUGGAAUCAAUCUCUAUGAUGGGAAGCCCAAAGAGUCUUAGUGAAGCAUUUUUGCCUAAUGGCAUCAAUGGAAUCAAAGAUGCAAAGAAGGUUACCAUAGGUGUAAUUGGAAGUGGAGAUUUUGCCAAAUCCCUGACCAUUCGACUUAUUCGAUGUGGCUAUCAUGUGGUCAUAGGAAGUAGAAACCCUAAGUUUGCUUCUGAAUUUUUUCCUCAUGUAGUAGAUGUAACUAAUCAUGAAGAUACUUUAACAAAAACAAAUAUAAUAUUUAUUGCUAUACAUAGAGAGCAUUACACAUCCUUGUGGGACCUGAGACAUCUGCUAGUGGGUAAAAUCCUGAUUGAUGUGAGCAAUAACUUGAAAGUAAACCAAUACCCAGAAUCUAAUGCUGAAUAUUUGGCUUCACUAUUCCCGGAUUCUUUGGUUGUCAAAGGAUUUAAUGUUGUCUCAGCUUGGGCACUUCAGUCAGGACCUAAGGAUGCUAGCCGACGGGUUUAUAUAUGCAGCAACAAUAUUCAAGCGCGACAGCAAGUCAUUGAACUUGCCAGACAGUUGAAUUUUGUUCCUGUUGACCUGGGAUCAUUAUCAUCAGCCAGAGAGAUUGAAAAUUUGCCCCUCCGACUUUUUACUUUCUGGAGAGGGCCAGUGGUAGUUGCUAUAAGUCUGGCGAUAUUUUUUUUCCUUUAUUCCUUCGUCAGAGAUGUGAUACAUCCAUAUGUCAAAAAUCGGCAGAGUGAUUUUUAUAAGAUUCCUAUUGAGGUUGUGAAUAAAACCUUGCCCAUCGUUGCCAUUACAUUGCUGUCCCUCGUAUAUCUGGCUGGCCUCCUGGCAGCUGCCUAUCAACUUUACUACGGAACCAAAUAUAGGAGAUUUCCAACUUGGCUGGAGACCUGGCUACAGUGUAGAAAACAACUUGGAUUACUAGGUUUUUUCUUCGCUGCAGUUCAUGUUGCCUACAGUCUCUGUUUACCAAUGAGAAGAUCAGAGCGAUACUUGUUUCUCAACAUGGCUUACCAGCAGGUUCAUGCAAAUAUUGAAAACUCUUGGAAUGAGGAAGAAGCUUGGAGGAUUGAAAUGCAUAUCUCUUUUGGCAUAAUGAGCUUUGGCUUGCUCUCUCUCCUGGCAGUCACCGCCAUCCCAUCAGUGAGCAAUGUUUUAAACUGGAGGGAAUUCAGUUUUAUUCAGUCUACACUUGGCUAUGUUGCUCUGCUCAUAAGUACUUUCCAUGUUUUAAUUUAUGGAUGGAAACGGGCUUUUGAAGAAGAGAGCUACCGGUUUUACACACCACCGAACUUUGUUCUUGCUCUUGUUUUGCCCUCGGUUGUAAUUGUGGGUAAGAUCAUUUUGCUCCUUCCAUGUAUAAGCCAAAAGCUAAAGAAAAUUAAAAAAGGCCGGGAAAAGAGUCAAUUUCUAGAAGAAGGUAAUCGAGGAACAGUUCCACAUCUCUCUCCAGAGCGGGUGACAGUAAUGUGAUGAUAAAUGGUGCUUGCUGAUGCCAUGGAAAGAAAAUUCUACCCAUGCUAUUGUUUUUAUGAAGUCUUCUGUUGUACGAACACUGGCAAAUUAACUGUUGUGGAUGGACUGAAGCCAGUUCAAUUUCCAUCCAAACUAAGUAAGGAUUGAUGUCAAAUUACUUUUCACAUCGUAUCUAUGUAUAUGGAUUUUAUAUUCCAAGUUUUUGUUGAAAUUUUACAUGAUAGUAAUACUGUUAUUUUAAACUAUAGUCAGAAAAAUAUAGUUAAUAAUAUAUAGAUACAAUAAAAUGUAAAAUGUUACAAACCAGCAACACACUUAAAUUUGUUUUUCAAUGUAAUCCAGUGGAUUUUUUCCUUGAAGGUUAAGUAGAGUUUUAAUUAUUCAGCAUAUGAAAUAGAAAUAUAUAAUUAUGCAAUUAUUUUUUAGAAAAGAUUUAUAUUGGCAUUUAGAAAGUGUUGCACAUGGUAAUAGUCCAAUAUUUCAUGAGAUAGGACUUGAAAAUACAAUUAGUUAAUGUGAUGAUGCAAUGUGAUUUAAUAGCAACAAAUUAAAGAAACAAAAUGAACCUAACAUUAUAAAGUGCAUAUAUAUGUACUGAUAAUUCAUACCUCAUGAAAGACUUUAUCCUUCAUCUUGUUAUAGAGACAAUUUAUUUGCAUAUUAAUUGCAAAUUAGUAGUUUGUGAUUAAACUGCAUAUUGAUCAGGGAAGAGAUGGUCAUGUUUGGCCGCACUGUUUUUCUAGUGUAUUAUGAACCCUGAGAAUCUCAUCAUUGAUUCUAGUUAGUGGGAACAUGUUAAGUUUGCAGUUUUUCAGCUGUUCUCUUUUCUUGCGUUUUGUUGUAUCAAUGUUCUCUCUUGCUGUAGGAUUUUAUUGGUGUUCAUUUAUAGUAGGUUAUAAUAUGUCAUGGUUCUAGGCCCUUGUACAAUGCCACCCUUUAAUACUUAACCUCUUGAGGGGGGGGCAGUAUUUUUAUAUUUGAUAAAAGUAACAGAAUAGUCUUGCUCAAGGUCACGCAAUUUAAGAGCCAACAUUCAUAUCCAGAGAAUUGUAUUCCUGAGGCUGCAUCCGUUAACCACCACUGUCAUCCUCCAUGCCCUUGCAUUAUUGCCAUAUUGAAUUGUUUUCUCUUUCACAUACAUAGACAGACAUAUUUUAUAGUGGAUCAUGAUACCAAAAGACAUAGGUGAAAUCACAAUAAUUUUUUUUUCUUGAGGUAAGUCAUAGUUGCUAACUUAGAGACACAUGGCAAUUCAUAGGCCAACCUAUCCAGAGAGGAAAGACAACAAAACUUUUAUUGGGGGGGAGAGGAACAGUGUGAUGGUGGUUUUGUUGUUGUUGUUGUUGUUUUUCUUUUUUGGAGGGGCAGGGUUUGGUGCUCAGGACUUUCUCCUGGCUCUGUGCUCAGGGAUCACUCCUGUGGUUCUUAAAGGACCAUAUGUGAUGCCAGGAUAGAACCUGGGUUGGCCACCUGCAUGGCAAGUACUGUAAGCCCUGUACUAUCCAACCCAGAAAAAUAAUGGUUUUAAUGAAUAGCCGAAGUCCUGUAUAACUUUUUAAGUUCCAGCAUAGUUGGUUAUUUCCUUUUCUUUGCCAGAGAAGUAUUCCAGUUUGUUCAAGCAUUCAUAAGGAGCAAUUAAGGGAUUGAUCAAAAAUCUAAUCUAGACAUAGAAUCAUAAGUUGCUUAAUUUCUUAUGUAAAAAAUGCAUUUUGUUCAAACAAUUUUAAAUGCGCUACAUUUUAAGAAUUUAUAUUUUUCUUAUUCAAAUAGUGAGCUGACAGCAAAUUGCAAUUUUUUGCAGUCUCUUAAAAUAUUAUAUCUAAAAUAUUAUAUCUAAAUAUACUUGAUGAGGUAUAUCACACAUGAUUCUUUUGGUAUUUUUUUGGUGAUUUUUAAUUUGUUUUGUUUGAUCAUUUUAUUUCAUUAGUCUACCCUUUAUAAUUAUUUCUUAGUAAAAAUUUGAUUGGGUAAUUUUCAAAAAAGUAAAUAGGUUUCCAUAAACUUGUAGUGAAGGAGUUAAUAUUAACAGCAUAUUUCCAGUAUUUCUUUUUUAUUUCUUUUAAGAUCCUUUUUUAAACAAAGAUAGUUUUUAUUGAGUAAAACUUAGCAAGAUAUGAAGGGUUAGAGAGAAAUACGUGUUCAAGAGAGAACACGGACUUCUCCAGAUAGAAAAAAGCAAACAAAGACAGAAAGUGAUAUACAUGUCCAAGAAAGAAAAUGGGCUUGGAGAGCAAGUCUCUUUCUCCUGAGAGCUUUCAUAAGAUCUUUAUCUUAAAGAAUAAAAUUAAUCCCUUUUAUAGAUCAGGAACUUCUAAAACUUUAUGAAUGAACAAUAACUUGUUUCAAAUGAUAAUACCUCUCUCUACUACUAAAAUUAGACUUUAAGUUUUAAAAUAAAUCAAUAUUUAAAGGUCCUCUAAAAGUACAAAAAUUGGAGGUAUCUAUUGAUUUUUUUUAAAAAAAUUGACUUAGAAUUGUGUUACUUUACCAAUUCAUGCACAAUUAUUUUUCAUUAUUUUUCCCAAGAUGUUUUACUCUGCCCUCAGAAUUCUGUGUCUGUAAUAUGUGAGAAUGUGGUGGAAACUUGUAAGAUUGUAGAAAAUAUGCCCAAUCUCAAUCUAUGCAAGAAUAUCAAUUUUUCCUAAGAAGGAAAUAACAUUCACGUGAAUUAAGCUACUAUUUUUGUUUAGAUUUUGUCUCUUUAGACUAUUUCAAGUUAUGUUUAAAUAAGAAUAUUUUCAUAAUAUAUUUUCAAGGCAUAUAUAGAAAUUUAUCUGUUUGUCUACACAUGUGGAAAUUUUAUUUAAAUUUUAAAAUAUUUCAAAGUGUGAUAAUAAAUUAUAGGUAUUUAUUAGAAGUAUUUAUUUUAUGCUACAUAUGGGAUUGGCUAAUGAGCUACAGUAUUAACUACCUAGUUAAUCUCAUAAAAAGUAGCAUUUUGACUUAAGGAAUUUUACUUUUAAAAUUAACCUGAUAUAGUACUGUCCAGUUAGGAAUAAAAAGGGCUUUAAGAAUAUACCAUCUAAUUUUUAUAUUUAUCUCUUAUGUAAUACAAUAAAACUUUCAUUAUCUUAAAUUGCCUUUUGCCAUUAAACUAUUUCAUAAUAAAUUCUAUACAGUUUCUCCCCAAAGAGGUACAUUUGUGAAAUUUCAGGUUACUUACGGGAUAUUUUUUUAAAAAGUAACAUAGAUGUAAUUUAUAAAUUACAAACAGGAAAGUUAAACACUGAAUUCGUGUCCAUAAACUGUUUUGAAAUAACCUAAAAUCUUGUCUUGAAUUUAUACGCUGUUACCAUUUUACACAUAUGUUAGUUAUGAUAUAUUGUCACAAAUGAGAUCCCUCACCAUCAGUUGUUCUUAAGUCAGUAUAUAUUUAAUGACUAGAAUGGUGUUCAUGCCCUUAUGGAGAAUUUCAAAAUUUUUAAAUUAUUAGAAUUUAAAAAGGUACCUAAUUUCCAACACCUGUCUUACCAUCCACCUCUUCUUUCCCUUGUUCAUUUUCUUCCCUUCCCUAUCCUCAGUUCUAUAAUAAAGGUUCCAGAGUAAUCUAGGUAUAUUUCCCACUUUGAUGGCUGCUUUUCUUCCACCCAUACAUAAGUGACUUCAUCUGAUCUGUCUUGGCUUACUUCCAUCCAAGUUGUAGCAAAUUGCAUAUUAUCCUUCUUUGUAGUAAUUCAUUGUAUGAAUAUAUAAUUAGGAUUUGAAUAUAUUUGGCUGCUCUGAAGGAAGUACUAAUAUAAAGUGUUCCAUUUAUUUACUUAGUAUUAAUUUAUUCUUUGGGGGGAUCUCUCAAGUAUUUGUGUAUAUAUAAAUAUAUAUCACAUAUCAUAGCUUUAUCUGCUUAUAUGUUGUUGGUUCCAUUACCAUAUGAAGAAUUUUGAGGUCCUGAGAGACAGUACAGGAGGGGUAUGGCACUUGCCUUUGCAUGUGGUGUAAGGGGGUCCUGAGCACCAUCAGCUUAGAGCCAGGAAUUGCUCCCUGAGCAGUUGUUCCCUGAGCACAAUCAGGUGUUAAUUGUGGAUGCUAUCUGUCCAUAUGAAACAAAUAAAAAUAAUGAUACAUCUUUUUGGUCACACCCAGCGUUGCUCAGGGGUUACUCCUGGCUCUGCACUCAGGAAUUACUUCUGGCGCUGCUUGGGGGACCAUAUGGGAUGCCAGGGAUUGAAUCCAGGUCGGCCACAUGCUACCCACUGUGCUAUCACUCCGGCCUGAUAAUGAUACAUCUUUGCAGAUACAUAGCCUGAGCAGGUCAAGAAAUUGUCUCCAAUGUCUCGUUGUUUAAAGUCAGCUACUCAUCACAUCAGUUGCUCUGCUCUUGAUUAGUACAUAAUCAUGUUGCUAGGCAGGUGAAAGGGCUCUGGGCCAUCACUGGUUUUUGGAGUUCUCGUCAAAGUAAAGCAGUAAUAUAUUUAAUACAUAAAUAUAAAUAUUUAUGCUUGCUGUCAGAUUGUGGACAUGAUAGGAGCAGAGCCACACCCUUAAAACAAAUUAGAUACUUCACAGGUCCUGACUACUUCACUACAUCUACCUGACAUCUUGUGAUUUUGAGUUUCUUAAUGUGAAGUCAAAACUAAGCGUUUUCAGACUUGUUCUUUGUCAUGAUGCGUUAAAAAAGUUUGAACAAACUAGAUAGCGAUGAUUUUUACCUUUAGAAGUUUAUAAAGGAUUCUGUGCAAUUUACAUAAAAAUGAAUUUUCCAUUGUUAGUCAUUUCCUCCCUCGAUCUUUCAUUAUAUUUUGUAUAUGCUUGGAAAAUAGUCUUUAUAAGUGUGUAAUUUGCUAAAACUCUGUAAUCCCAAAAAUUUGCUGUGAUUAUGUACCAUGUUUUUAUACCAUCAUAGAUCUGCCUUACAUAUAAAUAAAAAGUAGUAUUCCAUGUGUCUUGUCUUUUGAAAUACAAGUGGUUUUUUUU